AUGUCGUCACCGUUAGCCUCAUCACACGGCAGCAAGCGCAAGCGGAAUGCCGCUCCCAACGGCGACCUCUCCACCGACGUCGACGUCUCCGAGAGCGCGCUGCAGCCUUCGUCUCGUGACGCUUCUGGCGAGGAAGGCGACACCACUGCUGCAGGGUCUGGCCGGCGCCAUGGCCGCGGCAGCAACGGCCAUGGCAAUGGCCCGAACCCUAAGAGGCUGCGAAGCAACUCGGGCCGCUCGGCCGACGCUGCUACGGAGAAUAUCGCCGACCCCGGCGAGCCCAGCGACACUACAGAGGCCAGCAUCGACAUCGAGGCCCGCGUCGGUCGCAGAGGUCGCAAACCCUCGGUCAACAACGGCGACGGCGAGACCAUGGCGCCCCCGCCCAUCGGGGAGCUGAUACACCCGGCCGGCGGCUUCAAAACGAAUCCUCCUCCCGUCGGCCGCUCCGUUCGCGUUUACGCCGACGGCGUUUUUGACUUGUUCCACCUUGGUCACAUGCGACAGCUUGAGCAGGCCAAAAAGGCUUUCCCCAACACCACACUAGUUGUUGGCGUAACUGGCGACGGGGAGACACACAAGCGCAAGGGUCUGACUGUCAUGUCGGCCAAGGAGCGAGCCGAAUCCGUUCGACACUGCAAAUGGGUAGACGAGGUUAUUGAAGACUGUCCGUGGAUUGUCACCCCCGAGUUUUUGCAAGCCAAUCAUCUCGACUACGUUGCCCAUGACGAUCUUCCCUACGGCGCCGACGAAGGAGACGACAUUUACCAGCCCAUCAAGGCGGCUGGCAUGUUCCUCGUCACCCAGAGAACUGAGGGUGUGAGCACCACAGGUAUCAUUACGAGAAUUGUUCGCGAUUACGAAAAAUACAUUGCCAGGCAGUUCAAACGAGGCACCUCUCGGCAGGAGCUCAACGUGAGCUGGCUGAAGAAGAACGAGCUGGACAUCAAGCGCCACGUCCAAGACCUGCGCGAUAACAUCAUAACCAAUUGGACCAGCACCGGCCAGGAGCUCAGUCGCGAACUCAAGCAGUUCUGGCCGGCUAGCCGACCACACAGCCCUGCCCGCUUCAACUCGGCCAACUCGGAUGGUGUCAGAUCCCCCACCACCGCCGGUCCCAACCCCGGCAACUCCAAGGAAUUUGUUACUGGCUACGCACUUGGUCUUGUUGGAGGUGUCCGCUCAUGGAUGACCAAGAAUAGGCGGAUGGUGGCCAGUCGCCCCGUUUCCGACGACGAAUCCGAGGACUCGGACGAGCAAGCCAAAUCUCCAGAGGCCACGACUACUCCGACCCUGCCCGCCGCCACCAAGACAUGA